GGAAACCGCCGUUGGAAGUGCCGUACGGGACCGAGGGGAGCGCUUGCUGGAAUCACUGCGACAGAUCCAGCAAACGGCCACGCCAGCCCUCACUCAUGGUGCUGACGCGGUUGGGACUUCGCAGUUGUCAGAGCAGCUGCAAGCCGGGACGAACAAGAUUUCUGCAGAAGUCGAGAAUCUAGGUCGCGGCCUGCUAGCCCGCGAGGAAAUAUGGAAAAGCAAAGGAGUCGACAUCUUAGCCUCGGUCCAGC